AUGAGGAUGAAACUCAUGUUUCAUUGGCAGUACGUACAUUCGAUGGCACUGCACUGUACAGCAUACCACCGUAGGCUGGAGUUAUUUUAUGACGCGCAGUUUUCAAUUACACUGAACAACAAGGAUGCUCUCACAGAAGACCAGAAGACCUUGGCUUCAUAUGGGAUUGUUUCUGGUGAUUUGAUAUGUUUAUUACUAGAAGAAGCAGAUGCAAAACCCAGCCUACCUCCUCCCUCAUCUUCUACUCCUCCGCCACUCCAGAAUGGUCAUGAACCGUCCGCCUUGAUCCCCAACAAAAGUCAGGCCAGCAGCCCAAAAGAAGAAAGGCAGAAUGGGCUACCUGACAGCCAGAAGGCUCAGGCAGAAGUUCAAAAAAGUGAUGAUAUGGCAAGAUCCAGCCUAGAAUUUGCUUCUGGUUUAGUCCCAGAAGACGUUGAUCUGGAAGAAGGUACAGGUUCCUAUCCCUCUGAACCAAUGCUGUGCAGUGAAGCUGCUGAUGGUGAAAUACCGCAUUCCUUAGAAAUGCUCUACCAUUCUGCUGAGUGUACCAGUGCCACUGAUGCCUUGAUUGUUCUAGUACAUCUUCUCAUGAUGGAGACAGGCUAUGUACCUCAGGGGACAGAAGCCAAGGCAGUGUCUAUGCCAGAGAAAUGGAGAGGGAGUGGUGUUUAUAAACUACAGUACACGCAUCCCCUUUGCGAAGAAGGUACUGCUGGUUUGACUUGUGUGCCUUUGGGAGAUCUUGUUGCCAUUAAUGGAACUUUAAAAAUCAACAAAGAGAUUAAAGGUGUGAAGAGAAUACAGCUAUUGCCAGCAUCCUUUGUUUGCUUUCAGGAACCAGAAAAGGUUGCAGGUGUUUACAAAGACCUUCAGAAGUUAUCCCGUCUCUUUAAAGACCAGCUGGUGUACUCUCUUCUGGCUGCUGCCCGACAAGCUCUGAACUUGCCAGACGUGUUUGGGUUAGUGGUCCUUCCUCUUGAGCUGAAGCUACGGAUUUUCAGACUUCUGGAUGUCCGUUCGCUCAUCUCUCUUUCUGCUGUUUGCCGUGAUCUUUACACAGCUUCAAAUGACCAACUUCUGUGGAGGUUUAUAUAUCUGCGAGAUUUUCGAGAUCCUAUUGCAAGGCCUCGUGACACAGACUGGAAAGAACUAUACAAGAAAAAAAUGAAACAGAAGAAAGACAUCCUGAGAUGGAGGCAUACAAUGUUUCUGCCCCCUACACCUCAUCCAAUCCCCUUUCAUCCCAACCCAUUCUAUCCUAAUCCCUUUCCUGCCAACCCAUUCCCAUCAAACCCAAUUUAUCCUCCAAUGAUCAUUGGAGGAGAAUAUGAUGAGAGACCAACGCUUCCAUAUGCUGGAGACCCAAUUAACUCUCUCAUUCCUGGCCCAGGGGAAGCACCAGGCCAGUUUCCUCCGUUCAGACCACAUUUUGACCCAAUUGGUUCCUUGCCUGGAGCAAACCCUACACUUCCAGGGCGAGCUGGUCCCAGUGACAGGUUUCCAUCUAGACCCAGCCGGGGCCGCCCCAUGGACAUUCGCCGUGCGUUCAUUUGACCACCGCUUUUUCCUUCAGUGGGUUUUCUGGUUUCUGAGCUUGCUUUCUAACUGCAGGAGAUCGCAAAAUGCAGGCACUAACAUCUGCCUUCUCUUCAGAUUGUGGCAAGAACAUGAGUGCGUGGUUAUGUCUCGACUCCAAAGACUGGGUUGGUUUAUGCUCUGGUGGUACUGUGCCAUCUCACACUAAGGUCUGUUUGACAAAGAGCUGUGACUUAGAACAGUUUGUGCUGUUUUCUCCCUUCUCUCUAAUCAUCUGUGAAGUGCUGCUUAGAGACCAGAAGUCUACUGGCCUAAUAUUUGCUGCAUCAGAUAAAGAGCACUUUAAAUACAAAUCUUCUAUUUGUCUGUCUUAUUUCAAGAAUUUUAUUAACUGGCCAGUGCAAAUGAUUUUGUUUUUACUCUACCUGGCUAAUAAUCUUAACAAAAAAUUCUACCCUGUUCUACGUAGAAUAGGAUUCUACCACUGUUAGACCGGUAGAUUUGAGCUCAUAAAACUUUUCAAAGAUAACAUUUUUAUUUUUCCUUUUAUUUUUUAUUAGGUAAAAAGCAUUUUUUGUUGAUACUUAAUACACAAAGAACACAGGGAAGGGAUAUUCUUUUCAGUGGAAAUAUUAGAACACAAGCCAGUUCAUUUUACAAACAGCUGAGUGAACUCAUGCUACAGCGCAACUCAAAAGUCUGAACAGAAGCACUAUUACGAAGAACCAGCAGUAAAACUUUUGUUUUUCUCCGUGUUUGGACAGGUUGACCUUGCAAAGAAGGAGCUGUAGUACAGGGCUGCAUUUUCUCUGUAUGAACUAAAACUAGUGCAAAAAGAAUUCUUUCUUCCUGCCUAGCUUACUUAAUGCACUAAAUAGGCUGACCUGCUUGAAGUGGAAACAGGAUUACAGCAGGAGAAGUAGAACGGGCUCUCACUUCACUGCAGUAAAUUCCGUUUAAUUCCAUUACUGCAGUAUCAAAAUAUAUCUUGCCAGAAAGAAACAUGACUUAGCAUGUUAUCAGCACCUUACAAAUAUUCUCUUAUUAACUAAUGAGCAACUAACAAGACCAUUGUUAAAGUGUCCUAAUGAGAUCUGCAGUCUGAUGCUGAAGCUAAAUUAAAGGAAAACUGGAAUGACUAAAUUUUGCUAGAGCUUUUCAUUUCUUCUAUUUUUUUUUUUUUUUGGUAUGGAUUGAGCUCAGUAUUUCUGAAAGAGUAAAUGAUACUGAUUACUGUUGUGGCAGCUGAUAUUUAAUUAUUUUCUAAAAUCACUUUGGAAUUCAAAUAGUGGAAAUAGAAUGACAUUUCCUGUUAUUGAUAAAACAGCUUGUAUUUAAUACUUAUCAGGUCAUAUUUCAGUGAUUCUUCUCGUCUUGUAUCAACUGACUUCAGUCAGAAAGCUUUGCCAUUAGCUCCAGUUGGGGUAAAUUUUUUUUUUUUUUUUUUUUUGCUGUCAAAAGCUGUAUUUCUUUCUUCCCUUCUUGCAUCACAGUAACGGAUACCACUGCAAAUCCUGUCAAUCACUUAAGAAUAUGUCUCUGUAGAGUUUGAGGAUACCAAUUCCCCUUCAGUACCAAGACUUGCCUUAAUUUAACGUUUACCUGUACUGGUUUUAAUUGCCUUAUUCCAAUACAGUUUUCACUUAAGUGAAAUGUAUAGUCAAGCCUCUUAGCUGACGGUGAUUCUUUAUAUUCCACUGACAAUGAUCUGAAAAAGGAAAAUCUCUGCUGCAUUGGUGUUGUAUCUUUCUGCCAGCGUCAUGAGUGCUUCAGCAAUGCAUCCAUACUAUUCAUAAAGGUACACAACUUUAAUUAGUACAAGAAUUUGCUUGUAACUUAUUCUCCUUACCUUUUCAAGUUUUUCCUGGGAACAAUGAUGUCUGUAUGUAUGUGUGAGAUGUUAAUCUCAGGUAACACUGGUACCAGUGCUGCCCCACGGUACUAGUGCCUUGAUGACAUCCACAAUGCCUGUUCUGCUGGUGUGGUAUGCACUGCUCUGGAGUUGGGCCUUUUCUGCCUUGAAGGCAACUGGGUCGUUCUUCCCCCAGGCUAAUGCCACAGCUUCUAUUUAAACCGUAUUUUGUCAUUUGGACGUUUGUUUAUCAAGAAAUGAACUGAACCUGAAGCUAUUCCUUCCCUUUUUUCAUGGUUCCUUUGUGUUGUAGUGAAGGCACUGUGAGCCAAUUGAAAGAAUCUGAUUAUCCUCAACUGUCCAGUUCUCUAAACAGUUUUGUUAAUAAUUCCUAAAACAAGAAUGAAAUACAAUGUGAACAUCUCAUGGCCAAACUUAGUACAGAAUUAGAAGACAAAACAGAGAAUAUGCUUACAAAUUAGCUACUUAUUUUGAUAAUUUGCCAGCCCCCUAAAGCAGGUAUAUGUGUCAUUGUCUUUUGUGACUCCUGCAGAAGAGGAAACCACAAAAAAUGGAAUGCCUGCAAAUGGUCAUUUCUUACUUUUACUGCUUGCCUGUAGGCAGUGCUGUUAGGGCUGCUGCUAACAGUCAACUGGAAAUCAGGAACUGUUGUCCUUGGCGUGCGUUUGUUUGUUUGUUUGUUUUUUUUAAUGAAACUUUAGACAGCCAGGUUAUAUAACCUGGCCAUAUGCAGUGCAUAAGGUCUUAUGUUUAUGAAUGGUGAAAGAGAAAAAAGGACAGCUGCAGUUAUCAGUGCGGGAUUGCUAUUUUCAGCCUUAACCUUAUACAAGACAUUUAACUGCUUGGGAACUUGAAUGAUAUUACCUCUUGAAAUACCACACCUAGGUAUUCUAAGAAAGUCAAAAUGUUCUUCAGUGUAUAUCUGAACAGUAAAAUGGAGAAUUGUUUUCCAGGUGGUGGAUAUGAGUGGGUGUCUUAGCUGUUUCCCAGCUCUUUGAGCUGAAUCCAAAUACACUCCCCCAUUCACGUUUCCUGGUCUCCAUGUGACGAAAAUUUAAGUGUGCAAAGACAAAAGGGAAACCCAGCGUGCUCUGACCAGGUGCUCAAUUUUGAGAGCUGUGGGAUAAAGACCCUAAGGCAUGCUGUGAAGCAUGUCUGCCCUGUAAUUUAGAUGUAAUUUCAAUUUACCAACUUCUCUGUUGCCUUCUUACUGCCUCACCUAAACUUCAGGUGAUAUAUUUUGAUACUUAAAUACCUUUUGGGUAUACUUCAGUUCCUCUUUCAUAAAAUGGAGACUAUACCUCUUGUAUUCCCUCUCUCUUUUGCUUUGUUAGAUUGCAGGGAUUUUGGAAGAGAAACCCUGCGUCAAAGACGACAACCUAAGUAGCUGAUACUGCAUUUGUGAAUCCGCUCGCCACAACAUCUAAUGUGUGAAGAUCAUAGGUGUACACUGAAGUUGCAUGUACUGUUGAAACAUCAUUUCAUCAACAUUAAACGCUUUAUGGAAUUUCAUUAUUUUGACUUAGGAAUUCAGUUCAGUGUGCUCUUUUAAAGCACUUUUGUGGACAUAACUGAAAAUGCUUUUCGGGAGCUAUAGGAGUAACCAAGUUAAGCUGAUAGUGAAUUUUGCUUUUACUUGUUUUUGCAAGCUGGAGCUGGGGGGAGGGGAGAUGCCAUUUGGUUUGCCUACCCCUUGAAAGAUGACAGCUGGGCACUGCAGGCAGAUGUAUGACUGAGGAGAUCUAAGUCACUGCUGGGUAUCAAGUCAACAGUGCUAUCCUGUUGCAGUGGUGAGUUGGAGGAGAGCCCUGCUGUAUUCAACUGCAGCCUCAGCAAGUGAUCCAACCGUUGUGGUUUCAGUGAUUAAUUGGGGUUGCUUUAAAGAGCUAUGCCAUCCUAGUCGUUAUUUAUUUGAAUUUUGUGUAGAUUGCGUUAGGAAGAGAGACGUAACAUUUGGGGGUUGGCGCAGUUGAGGAUUCUGGUAAUCAACUUUUUUUUUUGUCUGUGCAUCCCUGGUGUAUCCUGCAAACAUUUAGCAGAGAAAGGGAUAAGUUAUGCUGAGGAAAGUGUUACAGAAGGAAAUCCUCUCCCACCAGGGUUGCAUUGCUUCCUCUCCACAUAGUGGAGCCUGUUAAUUUGCUAUUGUUCUUGCCAGUGGGACAGUGUUUGCUCAAGGCCAUUUGUCGCUCUUUUAUUGCUCCUGGAGACUGCAAAACAGCAGGGUCUGUUUUCUUUCUCCUACAAUGACAUCUAUUUAUGAUGCUAUGUUGUAAGCUGCUUAGCAAACCUGGAAGGACAACAUAGACUAAAAAAAAAAAAA